CCCAACGCGCUGCGGGCGAUCACCCCCCAAGCCGUGGAGGUGCUGCUGGGGGUGCUGCGCCGGGGGGGUGGGGAGACCCCCCCUCUCCCAGGGAUGCUGGAGCUGGUCCUACACCUGGUGGUGGCCGUGGUCCACGUGCUCCACGGGGGCAGCCCCGGCGCCGGCCCCGUGCCCUUGCGUGUCCUCCUGGAUGGUUAUUUCAGGGUGCUCAACUCGGACCUGCCCGCCGCUUCCUUGGCGCCGGAGGCGGCCGGGGGGCGCUCCGUCCUUCUCCACCUCGCCCUAGAUGCCAUCCCGGCCAUGCUGAGCUGUGAGGACCGGCCAGUCCUCCAAGCUGUCUUUCUCAGCAACAACUGCUUCGAGCACAUCAUCCGCCUCCUCCAGAACAGCAAGGUCUCUGACGGCAGCUCCGACGCCAUCGCGGUCCACGCCGUCGGGGUGCUCACUGCCAUCAUGAGCAACUCGCCCUCAGCCAAGGAGGUGUUCAAGGAGCGCAUCGGCUACGCCCACCUCUACGAGGUCUUGAGGAGCCAGGGCCAGCCCACCCAACGCCUGCUCCAGGAGCUCCUCAACAUGGCGGUGGAAGGCGACCACAGCUCCUUCCCAGUGCGUCCCAUCCGCAACGAGCAGCCCCUGCUCAUCCUGCUGGGCUGGCUGCCCACCCUGCCCUGCAGGGACCUCCAGCUCUUCCUCUCGGCUCAGCUGCGGCGCCUCUGCGAAGCCUCCUUGUCCAGCCGCCUCACCUGUGUCAAGGCAGGCAUGGUGGGCUGCCUGCUGGUCGCCCUGGCCACCCAACCAGCCUUACCCACCACCUGCUCUGAGAACUUGCUGGAGCUUCUGAGGGCUUUGGGCAGCCUCUCCCUCCUGCCCGGGGAGCUGCGGCAGCUUCUGCGGCGGGCGGGGUCCUUCACCUCCUGCUGCAUCGGCUCCGCGGGCCACCGAACCACCACCAGCACCGCCAGUCACCCGCCAGCGCCGCACGCACCGGAGCUGGUGUUCCCGCCACGUCCUGUGCUCCACCACUCCCAGUCUGUACCUGCCACCUUGGGUCCCCAUGCCUGGACCCCCACGCAGCCCCCCACGGAAGGGGUGGUGGCCACCACGGCAGCUGGCAGCCAGGACACCGAGUGGGGCAGCCCCACCUCCUUGGAAGGUCACCUGGGCUCCGUGGCCAUCUUCUGUGAGGCUCUGCAGCAAGCCCAGGUCAAGGCACUGUUCUGUGCAGGGCCAAAUGUCACAUCACCGUUUACGCUGGAAGGGGACCUGGCGGAGCUCAGCAGCAAGCUCCUGCUCUACUACACCCCACAGGCCUGCAGGAACAACAUCUGCCUGGACCUCUCUCCCAGCCACAGCUUGGACGGGAGGCUGACAGGACACAAGGUGGUCAACUGGGACAUCAAGGACGUGGUCAACUGCGUGGGUGGGAUGGGCGUGUUGCUGCCCCUGCUGGAGCAAGUGGUGUCCAAGAAGGAGGAACCUGAGGAUGAGCAGGACACCAACGACCUGGUGGGGCCGGAGCUGACGUCCUCCAGGAACGCCCAGGGCAUGCUCAUCCCGCUGGGCAGGUCCUCAGAGAGCAGGCUGGAGAGGAACAGUGUGGCCGCCUUCCUGCUGCUGGUGAAGAACUUCAUCCAGAACCACCCAGUGAACCAGGAGAGCCUGGUGCAGUGCCACGGGCCGGCCAUCAUGGGGGCACUGCUGCAGAAGGUCUCCAGCCCACUGCUGGACAUGAGCACGCUGAUGGCCUCGCAGGUCCUGAUGGAGCAGGUGGCCUCCGAGGGCAGCGGGCUCCUGCUGCACCUCCUCUACCAGCACCUCCUCUUCGACUUCCGCAUCUGGAGCAACAGCGACUUCGCCGUCCGCUUAGGUCACAUCCAGUACCUGGCCAACGUGGUCAAGGACCACAAGCAGCGGAUCCGCAAGAAGUACGGGGUGCAGUACGUCCUGGACUCCAUCCGCGCCUUCUACGGCACCACCAGGGAGAAGACCACAGCCACGGAUGACAUCAAGACAGUGCAGACAUCCCUCUUCAGCCUGGUGAAGGAUUUCUUCUGCAGGAGCUUCUCUGGAGAGGAGAUGCACAGCUUGCUGAACUACGUGGCCGGGGCGCAGGACGAGCAGCAGGUCUGCGGGGCGCUGGAGGUGAUCCACAGCCUGCUGAAGGGCUCACCAGCCCAGGAGCAGCUCUUUGCCUUCCUCUUUGAGCCAGGCCACGUGGAGGUCCUCUUCUCACUGCUGGUGCAGAAGAAGUUCUCCGAUGAAGUGCGGGAGAGGGUCUUCAAGGUCCUCUACAAGAUGCUGAAGUAUGAGAAGAUCCCCGAGCGCAGCAAGAACCGCCUGAAGCUGAAGGACAUUGGGUACCAGGGGCUCAUUGCCUGCCUCGGUGAUGUCCCUGGCUCCAUGCUGCUCUUCCGCUGCCUCUCGGAGCAGGUCCUUGGAGCAGACCCUCCCAGCUACAAGGACCUGGUGGCUGUGGUUUACCUGUCCCACCGGGCCGAGCUGACCGUCCGGCUCGAUAUCUGCCGCAAGCUCUUCCACUUGAUCUACGCUCAGCAGGACAUGGUGAAGCAGCUGGCCAGGCUGGCUGGCUGGCAGGACACACUCACCAAGCUCUACGUCAAGGAGUCCUACGAGUUCCGCCAGCACAGCCUGAGCAACGCGAGCAACGUGGGCUGCCUGGAGCUCCUGUGCUUCUCAGACCCCCCCAGCAAAGAGGGGAUGAGCUCUCCACCAGCUGAGCUGCAGGAGCUGGAUGUCUUCCUGCCUCUGGGCUAUGAAGCCUCUGACCAAGAGCUCUUCUACCACCCACUCUCACCCUUCUCCACUUCACCCUUUGACCUGGGACUUGACCUGGCCAGCACCAGCUCCAUUGCCACGGCCGAGAGCGGCGCGCAGACCCCCGCCAGCGGCCCUGGCACCCCCUCACCCCUGGAGAGCUUCAAGCCUUUCCCAGGAAUGCGGGCACGCAAGAGCUCCAGCCUCUCCAAUGUCCUGGAUGAGAGCAGCUACCAGGACACGCUGCCCAGCGACAACGUUUCCAACACCAGCAACCCCCAGCAAACCCCUGAGGAGGAGCUGUGCAACCUCUUGACCAACAUCAUCUUCUCGGUGACCUGGCGUGGGGUGGAGGGCUGGGAUGACACAGCAUGGAGGGAACGUGGGCAGGUCUUCUCCGUCCUCACCAAGCUGGGGACGGCGUGCGAGCUGGUGCGGCCCCCCGAUGAGAUCAAGCGCAGCCUGCUGGAGAUGAUGCUGGAGUCAGCACUGACAGACCUGAAGGAGUCGGGACCGGCCGCCCUGCCCGGGCUCACCCACAACGCCCUCAAGCUGCUGCGGCUCCUCCAGGACUUCUUGUUCUCUGAGGGACACAACAACCAGGCCCUGUGGAGUGAGAAGAUCUAUGAGGGGGUGAGCAGUCUGCUGGACAAGCUAGGCGUCUGGUACCACCUGGCCAACGGCACCUCUGACCUCAAGGAGAUGGCCCAGACAGGUCUGCGCAUCCUGGUGGGCUACAUCAUGCUGCAGGACCCCCAGCUGCACUCCCUGGCCUACGUGAAGCUCCACAGCCUGCUGCAGACCUCCUCAGCCCCCAGGAAAGAUGAGGCUUGCUACCUGCUGGGCAAGCUGGAGACCCCACUGCGGCGCUCGCUGGAUGCCAAGUCUGAGACCUUCUCCUGGUUGGUGCCCAUCGUCAGGACACUGAUGGACCAGUGCUACGAGACCCUGCAGCUGCAGCUCUUCCUGCCCUCGCUGCCCCCCACCAACGGCAGCCCCACCUUCUACGAGGACUUCCAGCUCUUCUGCACCACCCCAGAGUGGAGGACGUUCAUCGAGAAGCACGUGCAGCCCACCAUGGCCCAGUUUGAGGUGGACACCUUUGGCAAGAGCCACGACCACAUGUCCAACUUCUGGAACGCCUGCUAUGAUGCCAUGAUGAGCAGCUCCCAGCGGCGGGAGCAGGAGAAGGCAGCCAGCAGGAAGAUGUUCCAGGAGCUGGUCCUGGAGCCGGCAGCCAAGCGCGCCAAGGCGGAGAACGCCCGGCACGCCAACGUGCUCAAGCAGGCCAACAACCACCACAGCACCGUGCUGAAGCAGUGGAGGUCCCUCUGCCGCCUCCUCACCUCCCCACGCUCCGCCUGGGCUGACCAGAACCCGCCGGAGGUUCGCUGGAAGCUGUCGAGCGCCGAGACCUACUCCCGGAUGAGGCUCAAGUUGGUGCCCAACGUGAAUUUUGACCAACACUUGGAGGCCAGUGCCCUACGGGACAACCUGGCUGACCAUCUCCACAACCCCGCUGAGUCCCUCCCACUCGCCAUGGCCAAGGAGGCCAAGGUGAGCGAGUUGGAGGAUGACCAACUGGCCGAGGAGGACCUCCCUGUCCUGGACAACCAGGCUGAACCCAAGGAGCAGAACCAGCGAGAGAAGCUGGUGGUAUCCGAGGACUGUGAGCUCAUCACCACGGUGGCUGUCAUUCCGGGCCGCCUGGAGGUGACAACCCAGCACAUCUACUUCUAUGAUGGCAGCAGCGAGAAGGAGGAGACAGAAGGAGGGAUCGGCUACGACUUCAAGCGCCCCUUGUCCCACCUGCGCGAGGUCCAUCUGCGCCGCUACAACCUGCGCCGCUCCGCCCUCGAGCUCUUCUUCAUCGACCAGGCCAACUACUUCCUCAACUUCAAAAAAAAGGUGAGGAACAAGGUGUACUCCUGCAUCCUUGGCCUGCAUCCCCCCAACCAGAUCUACUUCGGCAGGCGGUCGCCACGGGCGCUGCUGAAAGCCUCAGGGCUCACCCAGAAAUGGGUCCUGAGGGAGAUCUCCAACUUCGAGUACCUGAUGCAGCUGAACACCAUCGCGGGGCGCACCUACAACGACCUCUCCCAGUACCCCGUGGUGAGCCCCAUCUCCCCACCACCGUCCCCCAGCCAGCCUGUGCCCACCCUCAGCCUCACCCCCCCCCCGCCCCCACCCCGGGCCGUGGACCUGGAUGCCAUCGCCGACGAGACGCAGAGGAAGGCUCUGGAGGGCAUCAUCAGCAACUUCGGGCAGACACCGUGCCAGCUGCUCAAGGAGCCCCAUCCUGCCCGGCUGUCAGCAGAGAGCGCUGCCCGGAGGCUGGCCCGCCUCGACACCCGCUCGCCCAACAUCUUUGAGAACCUGGACCAGCUCAAGUCCUUCUUCGUGGAGGGCAUCAGCGACGGGGUGGCCCUGGUGCAAGCCAUGGUCCCCAAGAACCAGGCACACUCCUUCAUCACUCAGGGAUCACCCGACGUCCUGGUCACCGUGAGUGCCAACGGCCUGUUGGGGACACACAGCUGGUUGCCCUACGACAAGAACAUCUCCAACUACUUCAGCUUCACCAAAGACCCCACCGUCUCCAACGCAAAGACCCAGCGCUUCCUGCAGGGCCCCUUCGCCCCCGGUGUGGACCUCUGCUCCCGCACGCUGGCCGUGUCCCCUGAUGGGAAGCUGCUCUUCAGUGGGGGACACUGGGACAACAGCCUCCGUGUCACCUCACUGGCCAAAGGGAAGGUUGUUGGGCACAUCACGCGGCACAUAGAUGUUGUCACCUGCCUGGCACUUGACCUGUGCGGCAUCUACCUCAUUUCUGGGUCCCGGGACACCACCUGCAUGGUGUGGCAGGUCCUACAGCAGGGUGGGUUCUCCAGUGGCUUGGCUCCCAAACCCGUCCAGGUCCUGUACGGCCACGACGCCGGGGUGACGUGUGUGGCCAUCAGCACCGAGUUGGACAUGGCAGUGUCGGGCUCCAAGGAUGGCACCAUCAUCAUCCACACUAUCCGCCGGGGUCUCUUCAUCCGGUCCCUGCGGCCGCCGGGCGAGACCUCCCCGCCCGCUGUCCUCUCCCACCUGGCCGUGGGGCCAGAGGGGCAGGUGGUGGCCCAGACCUCCGUGGGUCAACGAGCCUGCUUGAAGGACAGGUUUGCGCUGCACCUGUACUCGGUGAACGGGAAGCACCUCUCGUCCGUGCCCCUGGACGAGGAGGUCACAGCCAUGUGCCUGACCGAGGAGUUCGUGGUGCUGGGGACCAUGCAGUGCAGGCUGGAGAUCCGUGACCUCCAGAGCCUCCGGGCGGCUGUGCCCCCCGUGCCCAUGCGGGUGCCCGUCCACAGCGUCUCUGUCACCAAGGAGAAGAGUCACAUCCUGGUGGGCUUGGAGGAUGGGAAGCUCAUCGUGGUGGGGGCUGGGCAGCCCGCCGAG